ACCACAGGUCAUCCAUCCAUCCAGAGAGAAAAGGAGGGAGCACAAGGCACUCAGAGAAAGGACAGCCAGGGACUUGUGGAGGAUUUCUAAUUGCUGGAUUUCUCCUCAGUGACCUGAUCCUUCACCUUGUACUGAAGGGAGAAAGAAGAGUGACAGGUCAGAAGAAGGGGCAGCACGAAGCUAGAAAAACAAUCUCACGUUUUUGCUUCACUGAGGGAGACCUAGGACUCAAAACUACCCGCACAGAGACGCCUCCACAGCGGCAGUAUGAAGGUCCUCCAGCCGCUGUACCUGCUGCUACUGCUGCUAGCUGUAGCCGUGAUGCUAACCAGCGCACAGAAACCAGAUUUUCUGAAUUUGAGGCGAAAGUACCGGAGACAUCACUGCCCACACAAGCGCUGCCUGCCUCUACACUCCAGAGUACCUUUUCCCUGAGGUUACCUACACAACUGACAAUGAAAGACAAAGUAUGACCAUGUCCAGGCACCCAAAGAAGGCUGGACCAGAGAAGCCAAACCUCAGGGCAGCCAAAGACCUCAGCAAAAUGAGAGAUCUUGGAACAAGUACAGCAACCCACAUCGCCAAAACAC